UGCGUGCUCGCGACUACACAAAGUUAUUCUCCAAGCAUCUCUACUUAGUCAUGCCCGACAGCGGCGCCAAAGUGCUCACAACGGCCACGUUCAACCCCAAGGUCGUCAAGGCCGAGUACGCUGUUCGUGGUGCGCUCGUAUUGCGCUCCAACGAGUACGAGAACCGCCUUGCGAACGGCGACAAAUCGCUGCCCUUCGACAAGAUAAUCCCUUGCAACAUUGGCAACCCGCAGGUGCUUAAUCAGGAACCCAUCGAGUUCCACCGCCAAGUGCUGGCGCUCGUCAAUGUGCCAGGUCUUGUGGACCAGCCAGAGGCACAGAAACUAUUCCAGCCGGACGCCAUUGCUCGCGCCAAAUUCUACAUUGACAACAUCCCGGGCGGCACUGGCGCUUAUGGCCACAGCAAAGGCUCGGCUGUUGUACGUGAGGAAGUCGCACGCUUCUUACAGCGUCGUGACGGCCACCCGGCCGACCCGGAAGACAUUUACCUCACAGACGGCGCCAGUCCGGCCGUACAGAACUCUCUGCUGGCUCUCAUCCGUGACGAGAACGACGCCAUCAUGGCCCCCAUCCCGCAGUACCCGCUGUACUCGGCGGCCAUCGCCAUCAAUAACGGCACUCUAGUUGGUUACUACCUGGAUGAGUCCAACGCCUGGGGUCUUGAUGUCAACGAGUUGGCGCGCGCUGUGAAGGAAGCUCUUGAUGCUGGCAAGACAGUGCGUGCGAUGGCUGUGAUUAACCCUGGCAAUCCGACGGGCCAGUGUCUAUCGGAAAAGAACAUUAAAGAGAUCAUCAAGUUCUGCAAAGAGGAAAACAUCCUCAUCCUGGCCGACGAAGUUUACCAGGAGAAUGUAUACGCUGAAGGCAAGAAGUUCUUUUCGUUCAAGAAGGUGCUGCGUGAUAUGGGCAAGGAAUACGACGAUGUGGAGCUUAUCUCGUUCCACUCGACGUCCAAGGGUUUCACGGGUGAAUGUGGUCGUCGUGGUGGCUACAUGGAGCUGGUAAACAUUGACGAGGGUGCCAAGGACCAGUUCUACAAGCUCAUGUCGGUGAAUUUGUGCUCGAACAUCGAAGGCCAGUUAAUGGUGGGUAUGAUGACCAACCCACCGCAACCUGGUGAUGCGUCGUACCAACGCUACAUCGAGCAGCGUGAUGGUACGCUUCACUCACUAAAACGCCGUGCAAUUAAGCUCGUGAAGGCUUUUAACAAUCUCGAGGGUAUCACGUGCAACGAGACCGAAGGCGCGUUGUACACAUUCCCGAGUAUUUCGCUUCCAGCUAAGGCUGUUGAAGCCGCUAAGGAAGCGGGUAUGGCGCCUGGCGCGUUCUACUGCAUGCAGAUGCUGGACGAGACGGGAAUUGUAGUUGUGCCUGGCUCGGGCUUCGACCAGAAAGCAGGCACGUGGCAUUUCCGAUCUACAAUUCUGCCGCCCGAAGAGGCCGUGGACGAGGUGAUCGAGAAGACGGCCAAGUUCCAUGCCAAGUUCAUGGACAAAUACCGUGAAAACAUUGCUAGGACAGCUUAAUGCGUGAAUAAAUACUGUGUCUGUUGAGCAAGCUAAGUUUCUCGGGUUAAUUUGAACUAGAACGAGAGACUCAAGUGGCUAGAUGAAGACUUGAUAAGGUUAUUUGUAAGGAUCACUGAUGCUUGC